AUGAAAACAAAUCAGUUUCUUUGUGGAGUUAUUGAAGGUUAUUAUGGUCGUCCAUGGUCAUUCAAUCAACGGAAAACUCUUUUUGAAUAUUGUUUAAAAUUUGGUUUAAAUACAUAUGUUUAUGCACCAAAAGAUGAUGCAAAACAUCGAUCUCGUUGGAGAGAAUUAUAUACAAAUGAAGAAUCAAAUGAACUUUCACAAUUAAUUCAUGUCGCUAAACAAUGUGGAAUUAAUUUUAUCUAUGCAUUAUCACCAGGUCUUGAUAUAACUUAUUCAUCAGAAAAAGAUUUAACAGCACUUAAAAGAAAAUUUGAUCAAUUAUCAAGUAUUGGUUGUGAACAUUGGGCAUUAUUAUUUGAUGAUAUUGAAAAUGAAAUGUCUCAACAAGAUAAAGAUACAUUUUCUUCAUUUGCUCAUGCUCAAGUUGCUGUUACCAAUCAAAUAUAUGAUUAUCUUAAUAAACCAAAUAUUCUUAUAUUUUGUCCAACAGAAUAUUGUGCUAGACAGGCAGAUCCAUCUUUGGAAAAAUCUCCUUAUUUACAAACAAUUGGUAAUGGUCUUCAUCCAGAUAUUGAUAUUUUCUGGACUGGUCCAAAAGUGGUAUCUCGUCGAAUAACAGUACCUCAUAUCUUAUCCGUGAAUAGUGUUUUACAACGUCGUGUAACAAUUUGGGAUAAUUUAAAUGCAAAUGAUUAUGAUCAACGUCGUUUAUGUAUGGGACCAUUUUCUGGUCGUUCAUCAAAUUUAUCAUCGCGAAUAUCUGGAAUGUUAGCAAAUCCAAAUUGUGAAUUUGAAUUAAAUUUUAUUCCAUUAAAUACUCUUGGUCAAUGGUUUGAAUCAUUAAAAAUAAAUGAAAAACGAGAAAAAAUUGAUGAUAAUGAUGAUGAUGAUAGUAUUCAAACAUCAGAAAUUUAUCAUGUAGAUAAAGCAUUUCAUCAAUCUCUUAUUCAAUGGUUACCUGAAUUUAAUAAAAUUAAAUUAGCGAAUGAUUCACAACACAAUUCCAAGAUUGAUAAUUCUCCCCAAGCAAUGAGUCCUAAAACAAUAAUUUCAUCAUUAAAUGAUGAAGAUUCUCAAGAUUCAAUCAAUGAAAAUACUCAAUCAUCAUCAUCAUCAUCCAAAGUUCAUACAAUGGAAUGUGAUGGUCAUGGAAAUUCUUUAGAUUUAACAAUAGAUGAUAUUCGUCUUUUAGUUGAAUUAUUUUAUUUACCAUAUGAACAUGGAGCAAAUGCUCAACAAAUCUUUAUGAAUUUUCAUUGGCUUAGAUUUAAUUAUAAAUCAAAUGAAAAUUUAAAUGAAUGGCGUUGUCGUGCAUUAUUAUUUCAUGAAAAUGCUAAAAAUAUUGGACGUUUACUUCAAAAAAUGGUAGCAAUUCAUAAUCGUGCAUUACUUUAUGAUGUUUAUAAUUAUAUAAAUGAUAUUAAUUCGACUAUAAGUCUUUGUUCGAAAUAUCUUCAUUGGAUUGAUAGUGAUCAUAGCCGUACAUCAAUGUUUAUGUCAGGUGAUGUUGAACCAUGGUCAAUACGUGGUGGUAUUGCAGGAGAUUUCCUUAAUAUUCUUCCAUUGGGUGAUUAUCAAUCAUUAAUUAAAUCGGAUAUGAAUUCUUUAUCAAAUAUUUAUCUUAUUCGAUCAUUAACUUCAAAUGAUCAACCUUCAAUGUACGCAUUAUGUACGACACUUUGUUAUCAAGAUGAUGUUGAUCAUCUUCUUAAUCAACAUUCACAAAUCUUAGCGGACAAAAUUCUUGGUGGAUAUUUAUUGAAUUCAUUAAAUAAUUGGGAUCUUUGUUUUGGUAUUGAUAAUAAUGAAGAUAAUUUAUGUGGAUUUGUAUUAACAAUAACUGAAAGUGAAAAAUAUGAUAAAUUAUUUCAAGCAAAAUGGAUUGAACAACUUCAUCAAAAAUAUGUCAAUGUUGAUCAAAGUUUUUUUGAAUUAAAUGAAUGUCCUCAAUGGAUUUAUGAUCGAUAUUCUGUUCGUAUACAAAUUUUUAUUGAUUUAACAAUAAAAUUUGAUAAUAUUUAUUAUCUUGGAAAGAAAUUAAUUCAAAUUCUUAUUGAUAAUCUUUUAAAACGAGGUUUUCAUGGAUGUCAUGCAUUGUUAGAUGAAAGAAAUACUUCUUUACAUCAAUUUUAUUUACGUCUCGGUUUUGUUGAUGUGCCAACUAUUGAUCAAAAUGAUCAUACUAUUCUUGUCGGAAAACAAUUUUGA